AUGUCUGAGUCUCCCAGAUCCGAGAGGUACAUGUACCUGACUAGGUACAGUACCCCGGUACCCGAACUGGAUGAUCACCGCCUCCAGAUGCAGACGCCUCCACGCAUUGAAGGCCCAGUCGAGCGUGCUUACAGUCCGCGCGACACCACUCAAGGUCCUGAGAUGCUCGAUCGUCCAGACCUUCUCAGUGCGCAAGAUGCCAGAAGAGACGGUCCAAUUCCCCGAGACUUCGAAAAUUCCGCGGACGACGAUCGUUCGCUGAAUGAGUUGAAUGGACUCGCUCGGCGGUUCUCAGUCGACCCUAACGGCACCUACCAAACCCCUCGUCGCAUCAGCAUUGUGAACCCGGAUCUCGUCAACAAUGACGGCGCCUCGUCCGUGUCCGCUCGAUCAUCCUCUCCUCCCAAUUCAGUCGAAGCUUUUGCCGACCCUCGUCGCCGUGAACGCGCCAAUACCCUGGACAGCCAUGCACCUCCCGACCUGGAAGCUAUUUUGCAACGCACCGUUUCAGGUGGUACCCACAACCGACGCCCAACUUUCAGCAACGCCAGUGUCAUCCGCCCUCAGUUGGGGGAUGUGCCAUUCGACACGACAGAGGAGGCCUGCUUCGAUGAGCCAGGCCGUAUUCCCGUCAUCGAUUACGAGGAACUCGAGGAGUUUGUGGCUCUGAAUCCGAGCACCAAGGUCGGCGAUGGCAUUCGCCGCAAGCACAGCAUGAGCUCGCAGGGCAAGAGGCCCCGCAUUUUUUAUGACCUCCGCCCCGGCGCUGAAAGCCCUGAGUUGGGUGCACUUAACAGGACUAGCUCGUCUGAUACACUGAGUGAAGAUGAAAAGAAGAAGGCCGAGGUUACAAACGAAAAGGAGCAGCUUAAAGCAUCCCAGAGUACAAGCCAGCGCUCUCGUUUUGGCUUCUUUUCGUCCGAGGCUCAAAGCACAGUGCAUGCUGCCGAUUUGGGAGAUCUGGUGCUCCCUGGCGAGACCUUCCGAGAUCUUUUCGAGCUUGGACCCGAGGGAGGUGUGUGGUGGUUGGAUGUGGUCAACCCCACUGACGAGGAAUUGGGAGCUAUAUCCCGGGCUUUCUCUAUUCACCCGCUGACAACGGAGGAUAUUCAAACUCAGGAAGCCCGCGAGAAGGUUGAACUGUUCAAGCAGUACUACUUUGUCUGUUUCCGCACCUUCUUCCAAAUGGACAAAACCAGCGAGGAAUUCCUUGAGCCUGUCAAUUUCUACAUGGUUGUCUUCCGAGACGGUGUCCUCACUUUCUCCUUUGAGGACAACCCUCACGCAUCCAAUGUUCGGAAACGUAUUGGAAAGCUGAGAGACUAUGUGUCUCUCAGUAGUGAUUGGAUUUGUUACGCCAUGAUCGACGAUAUCGUGGAUAGCUUCGGCCCCGUCAUUCGUGAUGUGGAAUUGGAGUCCGAAGCGAUCGAAGACCAUGUGUUCAUCGCCCGGGUUGACGAUUUCGAAUCGUUCCUCCCUCGCAUUGGAGGCCUACGUAAGAAGGUCAUGAGUUUGAUGCGCCUUCUAGGAGGCAAAGCCGACGUCAUUCGUGGAUUCUCCAAGCGCUGUAACGAGCAGUACUCGGUUACUCCCCGUGGUGAUAUUGGUCUUUACCUCGGCGAUAUUCAGGAUCACGUUGUGACCAUGAUGUCGAACUUGGCGCAUUUUGAAAAGAUGCUCAGCCGGUCUCAUACCAAUUACUUGGCUCAACUGAAUGUCACCAAUUUGGUGUUGGGAAACCACGUCAAUAAGGUUCUUAGCAAGGUCACUCUGAUUGCUACUAUUCUGGUCCCCAUGAACCUGAUCUGUGGUCUGUUCGGUAUGAACGUAGAAGUUCCCGGCGCCCACACGCAGGGAUUGACCUGGUGGUUCGGCAUUCUUGGAGUCAUGGCAGGUAUUGUCAUUGUGAGCAUUGGCCUUGCCCGCUGGCAGAGGCUGGCUGUGCAGCGACACCCUCCCCUCCGUCCUUCCAUGCGACGUCAAUACAACGCGCUGCAGUGCUAUCUUACUGCAACGAUUAGCGCGAUCUUCCUUCUUUUCGCACUUACCUGCGACUUCGCCUAUGCCGACACCCCCCAUGGCCUGGAUACAGAGAACACCCUGACCCUCCGAGGGGCGGUUCCCAGCGAUGGGGCGGGACUCCCACUUGCGCUGGACUCGUUCAAUGGGCUGGAACUUCGUGACAGUGUCGACGAAGAUGGCGAGUCGAAUGGGCUGGAGCUCGUGCGCAGAUACCCUAAUGCCGCGAAAGCAUUAGGCAACAACCAGUUCGCGCAGGGCGAGCUCAACAUCGGCGAUGUCCAAUGGUUCUACCUGCCCAGUGAUGUGGUGAACGGCAAGCACGACCCCGAAGGCACGGGUCUUCCUGCAUAUAUGAAUGGUACGGCUAAAGAUAGCCAUCACUCGACCCGUGAGCUACGGAAACGAGACGAGGACUUCUCGAAGCGAGCGAUGACGACAGUGUACUUAUCGCUCACGACCUGCCAAAAACCCCUUGCCAACAAAACCAGCCCAGAAAACGAAUUUCCACAGUUGCAAAUGUAUGUGUCGAAUUCUCAGAAACUGGAACAGCCCGGACCGGGCAAAGACGACUCGAAGCAGGAGAUACACACUGCCGUUGGCGGGUAUUUGGGAAUCACCAUUGACACGGACACCGACGUCUUCAUCGGCGUCGCUGCGCCGAAUUCAACCGACUACAUGGGAAGUUACAAGUACCAGAUCGCAGCAUCCAUCGAUGACUUUUUCCACAAUAUCGUGGAAGAUGAUCCAAAUCUGUUAUUCAUCGACGCAGACGUGUCAGCCGCGCUGCUGGUAACGAACAACCUAACCCAUUCCGAGAGUAACACCACAAAUUACAAGCAAUGGAUGAACCUCGUCCCACCAUUUACCAUGUUUGCCCAUAACAUCAACGAUACAGCACUUCAGGGUUUGGAGAAAUCGUUCUGCGCCCUCGAUGAGCUUUCGCAGAUGGGUCGAAUCAGUAACUCAACCGAGGUUGGCAUGACCAGUCGCGGACUUGGAAAUAAGCCCAAAGAACAGUUCUAUAUUACUGGACUGAACCAGAGUUCCUCGUACAGUGGUCUUCUGGCCAUGAUUGGCAAUUCGACCGCGUCCGGGAAUGGCAUCAUCGGCGGCGGCGGCAAGGUAUGGAAACCGAUGAGCUUUACGACCAAAACAGAUAACAACUGCGCCGUACUAUUCAACCUAACCUUCUGCUCAGAAGUCGCAUACGCAGUCCCCUCAAACCCUGACUUAAGCGUCGACGAGCUCCGCACAAUCUACGACGACCACGCCGCCGCCUACUACCAGAACUUCAGUUAUUCCCUGCAACAAAUCCAAUGCAACGCAACCCAAGAAUCAAUGUUCUCCCUCGCCGUCGACUGCGACGACUGCGCAAGAGCCUACAAAGAAUGGCUUUGCGUCGUCACAAUCCCCCGCUGCGCGGACUACAGUCACCCCAAGAAUUUCACGCACGUCCGUAACGCAGGCCAGGCUUUCAUCAAUGGCUCUUCCUUGCCGGAUGACAGUCCCUACCGCAAAUCCGUGGCGAUGAAUUCAUCCCGCAAUCCUAUCAUCGAUGAGAAGAUCAAACCUGGUCCCUAUAAUGAGAUCCUGCCUUGUCGGGAUAUCUGUCAUACCCUUGUUAAGAGUUGUCCGUCUGCACUUGGCUUCGGGUGUCCUGAGGGCUUGAUGAUGAAUUCUUCCUACGGCUCUCGGGAUGGUGAUGUUACUUGCUCUUUUCUUGGAGCUGCGUAUCAUCUGAAUCUUGGGGUGAAGCUGGGUGCUUGGGGUUGGUUUAGUUUGGUGGUUAUGGGGGUGAUGUAUUUGAUGUAG